AUGCAGCGUUUCAUCUGGACCACCAUCACCGCCUCUGCCGGCGUCAUGAUAAGCCCAACAAUAGCUGACGCAGACCUGGUCUAUGAUUCUAAAGGCUAUAAUAGCGGGAAAUACGGUCCCAAUCCUCACCAACAUUACUUUUCUACCGAUAUCACUUCUCCCCUUUUGCUCGUGAAUUACUGGGAUCCGACCAGAACCGAAAACUCGUCCUACAUAUUUCUCACCUUGGAUAGUCCCGGAGACGGCCGCAGUACUGGACCAGUCAUCUAUCGGGCUGACGACCUCAGUCUAGUCUACAGUGACCUUCACUGGUCAGCCGCACACAAUUCUCACAUCGACCAGUUCAACGGCAAGGACUACCUCGUCUUCAUUGAACAGUUUGGUUUAGGGGGCGGCCCAUCGGCGAGUUGUCUGCUAUACGACUCCACAUAUUCAUUAGCGUACAACAUCUCGUCUCAUGGAUAUGAGAACACAUCCAUCGGAUUACACGAGUGUCAGCUUACAAGUGAUGGCUCCGCAGUAGUGAUCCUGAAGGCAAUCAUAUCCUUUGACCUAACAGCAGUGGGAGGCCCAGAAGACGGGGACAUCAUAGAUAACAUUGUCCAGGAGGUCGAUAUAGAGACUGGAGAGCUUCUCUGGCUAUGGAGAGGCUCCGAACACUACAAUAUCUCUGAUUCGUACAUCGAAUACAAAGAUGGCAACGGGCCCUACGAUUACAUCCAUAUGAACAGUGCUGACAAGACCUCGAAAGGAGAUUUCCUAAUCUCAGCCCGCCAUACCCAUAGCAUCACGCUCGUAGAUGGAGAACACGGUAGUAUCAAAUGGACCCUAGGCGGCAAGCGCAAUGAGUUCCUCGACAUAUCACCAACCGGCAACGCCACGGACUUCGCCUGGCAGCAUCACGCGCGACUCACAGAUGACUCCCAUACACGUCUUACCAUGUUUGACAAUCAUAACAUCACGGGCAUCGUCGGAUGCACAACGAACUGUUCGCGCGGCAAACGCAUCGAACUAGAUUACGAGCACCGCACCGCGGAACUGGUAUCGGAAUUUUAUCAUCCGCAGAGCUUGGUGAGCAGGUUCGAGGGUAGCUACCAGACCACGCGGAGCGGCAAUGUGUUUAUAGGCUGGGGGGCGAACCCGACGUUCACAGAGCACACGCCUUCAGGGUUAUGCGUCCUCGACGUCCAAUUCAACAUCUGGCGUCCAGAAAAGGGAUAUCCCGUGAACUACCGCGCGUUCAAGAUGGACUGGAAGGCGCACCCGACUUGGGAUCCUGACAUGGUGGCGCUGGGGGGUGAGACGGACGGCCAGUUCAAGAUCUACGUCAGCUGGAACGGGGCGACGGAGGUUGCUAGAUGGCAGCUUAUCGUAGGCGACUCCUACGACAAUGUCACGGACUCCGCCAUAGUGGUCCCGAGGGCUGGCUUUGAAACAGAGAUACUCCUGAAACUUCACCAGCCAUUUAUACGCGCUGCAGCCCUUGACAAAGACGACAGUGUCCUGGGUAUGACGGCGAUACUUCAACUCGUGUUGGACGGGGAGCUUGCUAAUGGGUCAUAA